CGCGCAGUGAUUACGUCACCGUCCCACGCCGCCGCCGUUGUUUCCCUGGCGACCGGUGCGCGCUCAACGCCGAGGCGAGGGAGAUGCUGGCUAGGCGGCAGCGAAAUCCUCUGCAGGCCCUGCAGCGCCGCAGUCAGGAAUUGAAGCUACAGGUUGAUAGCUUGCUUUCUGAGAGUCGAUUGAAAGGAGCUCUAGACGCCGGUAAAAGGAGAGAUAUUUACCAAAGAUGUUUCCAAUUAAAACAGGCAAUAGAUGAAAAUAAAAAUGCUCUUCAAAAAUUAAACAAAGCUGAUGAACCUGCUCCUGUCGGGAACUAUAAUCAGAAAAAAGAGGAGGAGCACAGUCUUUUGGAUAAGCUUACCCACCAACUGCAGGAACUUGCCGUGUCCAUAAGUAGAGAAAAUAUAACUGAAAUCGGGGCACCUACUGAAAGAGAAGAAGAUGAUGAUUCUGCUGGUGAAGAUGAAGAAGAUGAUGAUGAUGAUGAAGAAGAGCGUGAAGAAAGUGGUGGGGAGGAAGAAGAAACAGAAGAGAAAGAGGAAGAGAAACAGGAAAAUGAAUCCCACCACCAGGCAACAAGUAAAGAAUACAUUGCCAUUGGAGAUUUUACUGCUCAGCAAGCUGGGGAUCUUACAUUUAAGAAAGGGGAAAUUCUCCUUAUAAUUGAAAAAAAACCUGAUGGCUGGUGGAUAGCUAAGAAUGCCAAAGGAAACAAAGGUCUCAUUCCCAGAACCUACGUGGAGCCCUAUGAUAAAGAAGGCCAAGACUCAAGUGAAGGCAGCGAAGAAGAUGUAGAGGUGGGGGACCAAACAGCAGAAGGGGAAGAAGUUAAACAAAGAACUGAUUCUCACUGGAGUGCUGUCCGAAAAGCUAUUUCAGAGCAGAUAAACACUGUUGAUGUGUUGACCACAAUGGGAGCUAUUCCUGCAGGGUUUCGGCCUUCCACACUCUUCCAGCUUCUGGAGGAAGGGAAUCAGUUUCGAGCAAGUUACUUCUUACAGCCAGAGCUCACUCCUUCACAACUGGCCUUCAGAGAUCUAAUGUGGGAUGCUAAAACAGGCACUAUAUGA